GCCGUCUGCUCUGUUUGUUUACAAACACAAUUUCGAAGCCAUGAACAGUAACAGCUCGAACGGGACGCAUUCGGACGAGAAGGAGGAGUGCUCAGUGCGUCCGAUCCUCUGCGAACUCGGCGUCAUCACCAGGCCAGAUGGCUCGGCAAUCCUUACACAAGGACACACUGUGGUGAUGUCGGCGGUGUACGGCCCGUCCGAGGUGCGAAUGCAGCGGCUGCAGGUGGACCGGGCGUACGUGGACACGGUGUUCCGGCCCAAGGCGGGCGUGCCCAACACCAGCGACCGGCUGCGCGAGACCAUCAUCCGGGACACUUGCGAGACGGCCAUGAUCGCCACCCUGUACCCGAGGACGACCAUUUCGGUCAUCCUCCAGGAGAUGGAGGACUCAGGAGGAUUGCUCGCGUGUUCGAUCAACGCCAGUUGCUUGGCCCUGAUGGACUCCGGGGUGUCCAUGAAAUUCCUGUUCGCGGCCGUCACCUGCGGCGUCACGGAAGACAACCUGAUCAUCGUCGAUCCGGACGCUGAUAAACUCAAAGAGUGCAAAGCGAGCCUGACGUUCGCCUUUGACAGCAUCAACAAAAACGUGAUCGCGUCGUACACUUCGGGCACGUUUCCCGUGCAGACGUACAACAAUGGCUUGGAAAAGUGCAGGCAGGCGUCCGACUUCCUCUUCGACUUUUACAGAGACAUUGUGCGAAAGUACGCGUCCACUUUGUAAAUUCUCUCUUCGAUCCGUGUAAAUAUAUAUUUUUUAUAUUGAGAAACGAUUCAAUAAAAAAUGCAAACUUAUGUUUAAAA